AUGAGGAGGUUGGAUAGGAUAGAUGAAUUUUUGCUGACUCUGGUUCGACUCCGUUUAGGAGCUCCAGAAGAAGACCUUACUUACCGCUUUGAAGUUAGUCAGUCUCGAGUUUCAAAGAUUCUUACAAACUGGCUACCCUUCCUUGCUGCCCAAUUUAAAGGUCUCAUUUCAUGGCCAACAGUAGGGCCCUGUCAUGGUAUAUUCAGCAACUUUCCAAACACUGUUGCUGCAAUGGAUUGCACACAGGUGUUUACUGAGAGACCCUACAAUCUACAGUCUCAAAAGGCUAUGUACUCAGACUACAAGUCGCAUACUACCAUAAAGUAUCUUGGUGCAGUUGACAUAUUCACUGGUGCAUUCGUUUUCUUAUCAGGUGGCCAAAGUGGCAAUGCAUCUGAUAGAUACAUGGUAGAGACUAGUGGGAUUUUGGAUGUUCUCAUCCCUGGGCAAAGAGUCUUUGCUGACAGAGGAUUCAAGGUGUAUGACCUCUUCGCCAAGAAUAGGGCUUUCCUGACAAUACCUAGUUUUAUGAAAGGAAGAGCUCAACUUCCUGCAAAUGAGGCCUUGAUUAGCCGUCUGAUGGCUUCAGGUAGGAUACAUGUUGAAAGAGCAUUUGGUCGCCUACACGAAUUUAGAAUUUUGAAUAGAGUGCAGCCAAUUAAGCAGAGCAAAGGCUUGCUAGAUGACAUGGUUGUUAUAGCUGCUGCACUUUGUAACUUGCAGCCAAGGCUAAUCAAACACCAAGAGAUGUAA